ACAUCAUGUGACCAAGGGGGAGGGGAGAAUUUUUCCUCAUUCUUUGCUUUACUUCUGAAAACUUUGCAAACAAUGGUCAAGGCAGAGUGUGGACACAUAUUAUUAUACACUCGUAUUAUAUAAUUCUUGGAAGCAAUGAUUUAUGAUGACUAUGACUGUCCGGUUUUCUGAUUUUGUCCGUCACUGCCUGGUGGUGCAUUAUAGUUUUUUUGUGGAAAGAGAAAGGUUUUGUUUUGGUGUGGAUUAAUGCUGAUGAAUCUUUGUGGGAGAUACUUGACAGAGUAAGUUCACAGUAGAGAGCCAGAUGAUUCAUCACCAGAAGAAGGUCACGUGACGAUAAUGAGGAUUCUAUUUAUAGCCUCAAAUUGACCAAAUUUUAUCGGGACAAGCCAGGAGGACCACAUUCCCAAGAUGCAGUGGCGAUUUUCCUUCGUCCGGACCCAGAUAUUCCGCAGGAAGGUGAAAAAAAUCGUCAAAUACUUCCUCGCCUUCAUCAUCGUCGUCUUUUUCCUCCUCCUCCUCAUCGCGUCUGCCGAGCAGACGUGCCCGCCGGAAGGCUGUGGCAAGGUCACUGGCGGUCAAGCCAGCCCCUACGUCAUCACUCACCCUUACAGACACAGGAGGCCGAACUCCGACGUUAAGAGGAUACUCAGGUGGACUGGCUUCUUCGAGGACUUGUCCUGGGAGGAGACAGAUGACUCUUACUUCCAGCCCUGCAAGGUCAACAAGUGCACCAUGACCAACGACCGCGCCCUGCUAGACCAGAGCGAUGCCGUACUGUUCCACGUGGGGGCGCUGUGGAACUUCUGGAGGGGUGCGAGCCUGCCCAGUAGACGGCACGCGCAUCAGGUGUGGAUCCUCCACAACGUUGAACCCCCUCCCCGUGUCCCCCUCAACCUGGCCGCCUAUGCCGGGGUGUUCAACUGGACUGCCUGGUACAGAAGAGAUUCUGACGUCCCUGUGGGAUAUGGCGGCUACACCAGUUACCCACAACCCCCUAGCCUUAAGCUCAACAAGUCUGCCAAGGUCAACUGGGCGCGGGAAAACAAUCGCUUCUCCGCCUGGAUGUCCAGCAACUGCUAUGAUUACAACAGGCGACUACAACUGAUCACUGAGAUUAAGACACUGCUGGGCAAAGACAUGGACCUGUACGGGAAGUGUGGGGGCAAGCGGUGCCCGGAGACCAUUUGCUACGACACCCUCUCAAACUACAAAUUCUUCUUCACUUUCGAGAACGCCAACUGCAGAGACUACAUCUCUGAGAAGUUCUGGGCAGCAUUGCUUCGCCGCCAAGUUCCCGUUGUCCUUGGAGGCUCUUCGCCAAAAGACUAUGCCAAAGUUGCGCCGCCACAUUCCUUCAUCCACGUCAAAGAUUUCAAAGACACGAAGUCUCUGGUGAAAUAUCUGUAUCACUUAGCCAAUAACGAGACGGCUUACAACGAGUAUCUGGAGUGGACGAGUGAGCACGACAUCUACAGCGAGCUACCUGCGCGCCGGAAGUGGUGGUGUGAGCUGUGUGAAGCGUUGCAUGAUGAGAAGAGGCCGGCACAGACGUAUGAAGAUAUUGAUGGUUGGUUCAAGGAUGAUACGUGCCCACAGUGGUCGGUGGCAAACCAGCUGGGCCGUCUUCUCGAUGGAUUCAAGAUGAAGCUGAGGCUGAUCUAGCACGGCUAAAGGGAAC